GUUGGCAGGCUCGCCAUUUAUAAAGAAACGAGCCCAUUUAAUAGGCAUUUGGAAGCAGGAGCAAGGAUUGCAUCAUGGUGCUCCACAGCUGAUUGCUUCCUGUGCGCUGCUAGAGUGAUGAGGAUAUAUGCUGCUGGAGGACAAUUGGUGGUUCCUAUUCAGUCUUCCCCUUCUUGUUGAGAUAAUCUUUUCUUCUACGUCUUUUGCACACUUGCAGUGUUAAUUGAUGAUUAAUUACAGCAAUCUUUUCUUCUCAAAGGAAACCUGGAGGAAAUAAUUUGCCCUUUUCUUCUAUUAUUGUUUCUCUAUAUGUUGGAUUGCUGAUAAUCUUGCCCAAGCACAACCGAGGCUGAGAUCGAUAAAUAGCCUGUCUUAUACUAUUGUCAAAUAACAAAGAAGGAAAUGCUUCUCCCUUUUUUCCUGCAAUCGCUCCUCCUCGUAUGCUUCUUUUUCUCUUUUGUUCAUCCCAUGGAACCAAGCACAUCCAGGUGCUCCAAUACUUCCAUUCCUGAACCUUCCAUUCCUUAUCCUUUUGGUAUUGCUAGUAAGAGCCGCUUCCUGUCCCAAGGGUUCCAGAUAUCAUGUGGCUCUGGAUCGGGCAAAACUGGACCUGGUGGUCCGGUGCUAUCCAUUGGAGACAGUGUGUUUGGGAUUCUUGACAUCUCAUUGCUCGAUGGUUCUGUGACCGUAUUGGCUAGUAUCAAUUCUCAGCAGUGCAAAGGAAACUCUAGCAUUAACCUUGAGGGAACCAUCUUCACAUUCUCAGAUGCAAGAAACAAGUUCAUAGCUCUGGGUUGUAACAUGGUGGCCAUGCUAUUGAAUAGCAAUAGCGGGUAUAGCGGUGGUUGUGCUUCCUUUUGCUCUAGCAAAGAUAACAUCAUUAAUGGUUCGUGCUCUGGUGUGGCUUGCUGCCAAGCUUCGGUGCCAAAAGGGUUAAAGAAGUUGGAGUUAGAGUUCGGUAUUAUAUCUAAUAAGGACAACAAUACUCUGCCAUGUGGAGAGGCCUUCAUUGUGGAGCAGAACUCAUAUGUGUUUUCAAGUAUUGAUUUGAUCAACACAAAUAAUACGAAACCUCGAUACCGACCUGUUGUACUUGAGUGGUCUAUAGAUGGCGGCAGCUGUGAAGAGGUAAAAGAGACCACAGCAUAUGCCUGCAGGGAAAAUACCUAUUGCUACAAUUCAACAAAUGGAAUUGGUUACCGUUGCAAUUGCUCCAAGGGAUUUGAGGGGAACCCAUACCUGCAAGGUCCUGAUGGAUGCCAAGAUAUUGAUGAAUGCUCCACCAGAAAUCCGUGCACGCACAAGUGCGUCAACACAGAAGGUAGUUUCCAGUGCAGGUGCCCAGCAGGGAUGAGCGGCGAUGGCUUGAGGGAGGGCAGCGGUUGCAAUGGCGUGGGCACACUAGUAAUUGCAAUAGUCGCAGGAUUAGCUCUGCUAGUGCUUCUCUUCAUUCUUGGUUUCUGGACAUAUUGGCUUGUUAAGAAGAGGAAACUUGCGAAGACAAGACAGAGAUACUUUAUGCGGAAUGGUGGCUUGUUGCUGAAGCAGCAGAUGUUUUCUGAGAAGUCACAACUGCAUAUAUUCACCUCCAAUGAGCUUGACAAAGCAACCAACAAUUUCAGCGAUGACAAUAUUGUUGGCAGAGGAGGAUUUGGGACUGUGUACAAAGGCAUACUAUCCAAUCAAGUGGUUGUGGCAAUCAAGAAGGCACAACGAGUUGAUCAGACCCAGAUGGAACAAUUCGUCAAUGAGCUUAUCAUUCUUUCACAAGUGAACCACAAGAAUGUGGUCCAGCUAUUAGGAUGUUGUCUUGAGACAGAAGUUCCCUUAUUGGUUUAUGAAUUCAUUACCAAUGGGGCCCUUUUUCAUCAUCUGCACAAUACAUUGGCCCCGAUGUCAUGGGAGAAACGUCUAAACAUUGCAGUUGAAACUGCAUCGGCACUUGCAUACUUACAUUUAGCUGCAAAUAUACCAAUAAUUCAUAGAGAUGUCAAGUCAUCGAACAUACUUCUUGACAAGAACUUCACCGCAAAGGUGUCCGAUUUUGGUGCCUCAAGACCAAUACCAUACAAUCAGACCCAUGUAACAACAUUAGUGCAAGGAACACUAGGGUACAUGGACCCUGAGUACUUCCAGACAAGCCAAUUGACUGAGAAGAGUGAUGUGUACAGCUUUGGUGUAGUACUCAUUGAGCUACUGACAAGGAAGAAACCUAUUAUGGAUGGUGUGAUGGAAGACGUGAGAAGCCUAGCACUGCAAUUUAGUAUAUUAUUUCAUCAAAAUAAGUUGUUGGAUAUUGUUGAUCUUGAGGUAGCUGAGGAAGCUGGAAUGAGACAUGUUGAAACAAUUGCAAAGUUGGCGUUACGAUGCUUAAGGUUGAAAGGUGAAGAACGGCCGAGGAUGAUAGAUGUUGCAAUUGAACUUGAAGCACUGAGAAGGUUGAUGCGACAACACUUAAUCCUAAAGAGCGAGUCUUUGCCUCACGAGUCAUGGUGCCAUGAAGAGAUGAGCAUUGGCACACCACCGAGUUUGCACCUAGGGAAUGGUGGCAUUGCCGGAGAUGAAAGCAUGGAGAUCGUUCUACUUCCACCCGAAAGUCUUUGAUCAUAACUCAUUAACUCUGUCAUAAAUAGAAGGUUUUAGCUGCUUCCUAGCAUCUCAAUUCCUUCUUAGCGAUCUCUUUCUCUUCUGCUUAGCUUCCACUCCAGUUAAUGUAAUAUGUAUGGUUAUAAUAGUCUUUUUUUUGUGAGUCAUUUAGCCAAUCCUCA